AUGCCUCAGUCAAAGAAGCCUGUUCUGUCAAACGGCAACUGGUCUCUGCCCCUUUUUUCCCAUCUUGGCCACAUGCAAACUAGCUUUCUCGUCUGCUCGCAGGCCCCUUUGGAGAAUUCACUUCGGCUCGGAGACUCCAGACUCGACUUUGUCGUUUCUGCGCCAAUAAAUUAUCACAUUGCCCUGCCCAUCUGGACGCAAAAACUGGCCACCCCUACACUGUCUCUUCUUCAUCAUACAGACGAAACUUGA